AAUGCGAGUCAGCUGAGCUGAAAAUAUUGUUCAGCUUGGCUUUAGCUGUGCUGUUUACGUACAUAAUGAAAAUCUCUGAUACGUGUAUUUUACUUAAUAGAUUGUAAUGCUUAGUUAGUGAUCACUUGAUGAAUCGAUCAUUUCGCUCAUAUUAAGAUUUUUCGUAAGCCCCAGAACACAAGAGUAGGAGUAAAAUGUUGACGCUGACAGUGACGACUGCUUGAACUUUCGACAUUUUUUCCCGAUAAUUUGUUCUCAUCGUGUUGUGCGAGCCAAGUAUUUCGCUGUUUUAGAAAUUUAAACAAUAGCCUACCUACGUGAGCUUUUUCGAAAUGUCAAUUAGCGAGAACGGAAACGAAUCUAUCGAACUUUUGAACAAGGAAGCGGACGCGUUGAAGCAGAAAUUGGAAGAAGAGCGUCAGAAACUGAACGACGUUACACUCGCCACAGUUGCGGAACGAUUAGAUUUUGUGAAUUUUCUAAACGUUAAAACAAGAAGGCAUUUGAAGGGCCAUCAGUCCAAAGUAUUAUGCUGCGAUUGGUCCGUUGAUAAACGACGUAUUCUAUCUUCGUCUCAAGAUGGUAAGGUAAUUGUUUGGGACGCGUUCACGAGUACCAAAGAAUUCGCCGUCUCUACGCCGUUCACAUGGGUUAUGGCUUGCGCUUACGCUCCUUCAAAUACUUUCAUCGCGUGCGGGGGAAUGGAUAAUAAAGUGACAGUGUAUCCGCUAAAUCACGAAGACGACUCUGCUAAGAAGAAAACUGUUGGCACUCAUACGAGUUUUGUAUCGUGUUGCAUUUUCCCAAACUCCGAUCAACAAAUACUGACUGGUAGCGGCGAUUCAACUUUUGCCUUGUGGGACGUUGAAACGGGACAGCUACUUCAAUCAUUUCAUGGACAUACCAGCGACGUGAUGGCAGUUGAUCUAGCACCAUCCGAAACUGGAAAUACUUUUGUUUCGGGCAGUGCUGACAAAACAGUUCUUAUAUGGGAUAUGCGAACUGGACAAUAUGUGCAAUCUUUCGAAGGCCACCAAUCGGACAUCAAUAGCGUAAGAUUUCACCCGAGUGGAGAUGCUGUUGCUACUGGAUCAGACGAUGCUACGUGCCGAUUGUUCGAUUUGCGAGCUGACAAAGAAGUGGCUGUUUAUUCUAAAGAGAGCAUCAUAUUUGGAGCGAAUUCAGUUGAUUUUUCAGUCAGUGGUCGUUUGUUAUUCGCCGGUUACAACGAUUACACGAUAAACGUAUGGGAUACUUUGAAAUGUCUGCGAGUAAGUUUGUUAUUCGGACACGAGAACAGAGUUUCCUCAGUUCGCGUAUCUCCAGAUGGCACAGCAUUCGCUUCAGGCAGUUGGGAUGCAACUAUACGAAUUUGGGCCUAGUUAAUGAGCGCUGUGCACGAGAGAUUGCGAGUUACAAAUUUCUCUUUCCAAUAUUCCUUUCGAGUUCUGGGAAUUUAGUACAUAGGAUGCGUACGUGCGGUCAAGGGAGCUUUCUCCCUGAAUUUAAGCAAGCGUCAUGUUUCCGAAACCUUUUUCAUAACCGCUAUUAUACGAUUCAUGGUGACAGUAUGGUAAAUUCAUCAUUACGGACUACCUUUUUCGUAAAUUAUGUAAAGUUUAAAGUACCUCAAUGAAAUCUAUAUCGAUUACUGCCGAUUAGGUACAUCACAUAUUGACAUUAGAAGUUUUAAUUUAUUAUAUACUUAGAUACAAUUUCUUUUUUUCCAUUUCGUCUGUCAUGUUAGUUUGGUUGCUAUUGUCAUUUCGUGUCAAAGCGACGUAUAUAGGUAUACAAAAAAUUGUAGUAAAACCGAUUGUUUGUGGGGUGAAAAAUACCAUGUCAAUCGCUAAUUUAGUGAUGAUUAAAAUACAACCGAAUUUGCGUAACUA